AUGCAGAUUCCGUAUGGCGAAUCGGAGGCGCUAGUGGAGGCGUUUGUGUCGUCAUUUGCGCUAGGGUAUCUAGGUGAUAUGCCUCAGCAAAACGAAUGCGCUGGCUUCCUGCGCCAAAACUCUGCUUUCGGGUGCAGAAGCUGCCUAAUACCAUCAAAAGAAUACGGCAAUUUGGACUACGAUAUCACCAAAAGAGGCAGAUAUCACCACGUGACGCUAGAUAUUAGGACUAAAGCGUCAGAUAUGCCGCCUACUAGGCGCAAAGCGCAUCUCCGAGCGCUGGGUAUCAACGAGCUGCCCUCCCCUGUUUUGACGUCAUUAGCUCCCGCAAUUGACGUGUGUAGGAGCUUUCCGCCUGACCCCCCCCAUGCCGAGAUGUCCGGAAUAGGGCGUUUACUUCAGGAUCUUUUGAUCGACAAUCUCCUGUUGCCCAAUCAACGUGAGGCAUACGCCUCCGUCUUCCGGAAGCAAGCCCUACCACCAGGCUGGUGCAGGGUGCAAAACCCCCUACGUCAUCGCAAUUCCUGGGAUUUGAGCGAGCAAAGCAGGGCUUGUGUCAUAACGGCGAUGGUUUUGCGUACCUGGCUGACAAAUCAACGCCUCCAACCUGCCCUAUUACGUGCUAUCAGAGCAGAGUAUGAUGCAGAAUUGAGUCCUGAUUUGCGCCUAAAAGAGUGCGAUAUCGUGACUAGGGUCUAUAGCCAGUUAGCAUCGAGCUACACCCUGAUUACCAAGCACUGCUUGAGCGCUGAUAACGUGCAGAAUAUGAGCUCUUCAACGCUAAUUUGCCGAUCUCUGUCUCUUAGGCUGAUCAAUUGCGCGAUUAGCGCAGGUACGCGGGGCAGAGGUGGUGUGGCAUCACGUGCCUCCUCCUCAGGUGCCUCUCCAGCACCCAUCAACGAAGACGACGAUAUCUCUGAGCCUGGGAGCCAAUUAGGGGGUGCUCAGCCACCAAAGGCGUCAGCUAACGUGCUCGGGGGGUGGCUGAAUCGACCAAAUAUCCACGUUGCAGUGCAUUAUCACGAUUACUGCAGGCAAUACGCCACUAUCUGGAAUACCAACGUCCUAAUCGGAGAGCAAUAUCACCGUCUUUUCAAACGUCAGGUGACACACACCAACCACAAAGACGUUGAAUUGCAUCUUCUCCGCCACGACGGUAGGAAAAAGACCGUUAGAUUUGUCCUAGAAGGCGCUUUCGAGGAGUCAAAUCCGGAGAUAUCACGUGCCUUUGCUGAUCUCAAGAAGGUGUGCCCUACCCUAAUCGAAUAUCUGCUACCAGCGUCUUCACACCAAUAUCUAGAGAAAGCAGAAACAGGGGUAGAAUCAGCACCAAAUCACGUCAAUCCCAGGGUUUUGGGUCGAGUUCCCGCCAAUUACGUCAGAAACACCGCCCUUUUACCUACCAAAUCACGUGCUUCUGGCGUCUUUGACGAUAUUCUCCGAUUAGCGUACAAAAGGGACUAUUUGCGCCCAAAUAUCGUCGAUUUGGGUGCUAAACCGUAUGCUUACUACCAGCGAUUCACCUUUGUCGAUCCUACAGAGCAGAAACGUAUAGGGUUUACCAAAGGCACAUAUAUUACCCUAAGAGCACCAAAUCAGGGCGAUACACCUCCACUGGUAGGCCAAAUCGAGUAUAUCUUCACCCACAAAUUGCACCAAAUCGAGCGCCUAUUCGUACACGUGCAGAUAUAUGACGACACCGGAAAAUUAGACCCAAUAUCAUCGAUUCCGGUGCUCAAAUCAACCAAUCGGAGAGCAGUAUACGGGCUACCCGCUGUAUCGUCAAAACGCCUCUAUAUUCUGCCUUUUGACCCGUCAGAAUCGUCUUUAGAUAGGCGCUUUUGGUGGUGCAAUUGGGACGUUAGGUUCUGCUGA